GGGGGCGUGCCGGAGGCGGGACCAAGGCGGGCAGCCCGCCGCGCCCCUCGGCCCUGCGAGAGGCCGAGCUUGCUGCAUUGCAGCCGCCGCGGCGCCGCUCGGCUCCUGACUUCCAACAAUGGCGGCUCCGAGCCCGAGCGGCGGCGGCGGCGGCUCCGGGGGCGGCAGCGGCAGCGGCACCCCGGGCCCCGUCGGCUCUCCGGCGCCGGGCCACCCGGCCGUCAGCAGCAUGCAGGGCUUCCAGAUAAACUUCUGUGAAAUGGCACAAAGUAAACGCAAAGCACUGAAGUUGAAUUUUGCAAAUCCACCUUUCAAAUCUACAGCGAGGUUUACUCUGAAUCCCAAUCCUACAGGAGUUCAGAACCCACACAUAGAGAGACUGAGAACACACAGCAUUGAGUCAUCAGGAAAACUGAAGAUCUCCCCCGAACAACACUGGGAUUUCACUGCCGAGGACUUGAAAGACCUUGGAGAGAUUGGACGAGGAGCUUAUGGUUCUGUCAACAAAAUGGUCCACAAACCAAGUGGGCAGAUAAUGGCAGUUAAAAGAAUUCGGUCAACAGUGGAUGAAAAAGAACAAAAGCAACUUCUUAUGGAUUUGGAUGUAGUAAUGCGGAGUAGUGAUUGCCCAUACAUUGUUCAGUUUUAUGGUGCACUCUUCAGAGAGGGUGACUGUUGGAUCUGCAUGGAACUCAUGUCUACCUCGUUUGAUAAGUUUUACAAAUAUGUAUAUAGUGUAUUAGAUGAUGUUAUUCCAGAAGAAAUUUUAGGCAAAAUCACUUUAGCAACUGUGAAAGCACUAAACCACUUAAAAGAAAACUUGAAAAUCAUUCACAGAGAUAUCAAACCUUCCAAUAUUCUUCUGGAUAGAAGCGGAAACAUCAAGCUCUGUGACUUUGGCAUCAGCGGACAGCUUGUGGACUCCAUUGCCAAGACGAGAGAUGCUGGCUGUAGGCCUUACAUGGCACCUGAAAGAAUAGACCCGAGCGCGUCGCGACAAGGAUAUGAUGUCCGCUCUGAUGUCUGGAGUUUGGGGAUCACGUUGUACGAGUUGGCCACAGGCCGAUUUCCUUAUCCAAAGUGGAAUAGUGUGUUUGAUCAGCUAACACAAGUCGUGAAAGGAGAUCCCCCACAGCUGAGUAAUUCUGAGGAAAGGGAAUUCUCCCCGAGUUUCAUCAACUUUGUCAACUUGUGCCUUACGAAGGAUGAAUCCAAAAGGCCAAAGUAUAAGGAACUUCUGAAACAUCCCUUUAUUUUGAUGUAUGAGGAACGUACCGUUGAGGUCGCAUGCUACGUUUGUAAAAUCCUGGAUCAAAUGCCAGCCACUCCCAGCUCUCCCAUGUACGUCGAUUGAUAUCGCUGCUACAUCAGACUCUAGAGAAAAAGGGCUGAGGAAGCAAGACGUAAAAGAGUUUUCAUCCCGUAUCACAGUGUUUUUAUUGCUCGCCUAGACACCAUGUGCAAUAAGAUUGGUGUUCAUUUCCAUCAUGUCUGUGUGCUCUGUCACCUAGAACGUGCGUCCCUGUAAUACCUGAUUGGUCACACAGUGUUAGUGCUGGUCAGAGAGACCUCAUCCUGCUCUUCUGUGAUGAACAGAACUCAUAUGAAACGUGGAAGUCCAUACGAUCAAGUCGCUGGCCGUGAUGAGAUCACACCUUUAAAAAAAAAAAUUCAUUUCUAGACUCGAGAGCUGGAGACGCAGCUACUGGAAUGUUGUUUUUUGUCAGACUUCCAACUCCUGGCAGGACACGACGAUGGAUGUAUUAGGUAUGAACGUCAGGACUCGGGCUGGAGUGAGAAGACCUGGCGUAGCCAAUGAGACGCAUUGCCUUCUGGAGCUGGGAGACAAAGGAGGAGUUGGCCUUCUUCACCAAGUGCAAUAGAUGUACUGAUGUGACAUUCUGUUGCUUUACACUCACCAGUCGACGUGUGGGGCUCGAUGUGCUCAGCCAAAUUUCCCGUUCAGAAUAUCAUGUUAAAUUAGAAUGCAUUCAUCUUUACCAAAAAAAAAAAUCAUGUUGCAUUCAAAGAGGUGAACAUUAAAAUAUUGAGACAGGACAGAAUGUGGUUUUUUUGGUUUUGUUUUGGGUUUUUUGUUUUUGUUUUUUUAAUCUCCUUUGACCAGUCCUUCUGCUUUGUUUUUGGGAAGAUUCAGGGAGUCUGCCACUUGUCAAAGAAGGUGCUGAUCCUAAGAGGCUUUUUUUUUUUUUCACUCUCUGAAUUCAGUGUACUGCCAACUUGAUGCCCUACCUACCACAACCCACCAGGACUGAAAGAAAAAAAAAAAUAACGGAGGGCAACGUUUACAGGUGUUUUCAAUUCUAAUACCAUAUCCGGAACGCCUUGUAGCAGCUACAUACGCUUGCCCUUGGUUGCAGACCUGUUAGCAUUAGCUAUUCUAACUCACCAACAGGGAGAAGGAGCCAGGAGCGAUGUGCCUUGAUUGAAGAGGUUCUCAUAGGCAGCAAAGACCAAAUCUCAUUGUUUGCUUCUUGCCAUCACUGGCCCAGGUUAUUUAGUUUAUGAUUCUCUUUCCCCUUUCCUGUGGCCUGUUAUUGCCGCUGUGUGUGAUUUUUUGCUUAGUCCAAAAUAUUUAGCCUUUUUUUCCCUCCUUCUUCUGUAUCAAAAAAAAAAAAAAAACUCUUUCUAAUGACCAGGGAUGUUCCUGAUCAAGGAAGUUUGAGCCCCGAGAUCUCUCUUAGCCUCUACUAUCUGAAAGGCUGAGAACAUGGGCUGCCCUGUUGAUGUGGGAGGUGAUGAGGAGGCCUCUGUGUCUGAGACGUUGUGUUGAUCGGGUGGGGAUCUGAAAUGGCAGUCCUUUAGGUAAGUUCCUCACCUGCUCCAGUUUCUAGUCAUUUCACUGUCACUUCUGAGUAUGGGAAUUUACCAAGACAUGUACCCCAAGGAGUUAAAGGCAGCCAUUUAAAGGUGUGCAUCUUCGCUUCCCUGCAAGCCAGCGUCUCACUGGGUUUUGCCCAGGUCUCCCUGGCACUGAGCAUUGCGCUUUGUCUAGCAGUUGGGCAGCAGUGCGAGUGGUUCAAGCACACUGGAAUUCAGGACAGCCAUGGCGAUGCCAGUGCAGAACCAGAUUGUGGCAGGUACUGCUGUGUGUCCUCCCAGAGCGACAGUCCUACAGACUAUCCAACAACAAAGGGAGAAUGGUGCUGUUUAAAAGUCACAUCCCUGUAAGUUGUAGAAUACAAACGAUUUCUCUGUCCGAUCCACCUGCCUGAUCUCCUUCUCUCCCCCGCCCCCCGGCUCCCCAAAGCUUAGACUUCCCAGUGUUCUGGAAGGGGGGCAUCGUUCUGUGUCUUCCUGCCACCGCACCGAGCCAUCACCCUCUAUUGCUCCCAGGGACCCAAGAGGAAUUGGUUUCUCUGCUGUCAACUUCCUGUCUGGCUCAGCCUAGGGUCACUUUGCCAUUAUGCAAAUGGAGCUGAAAGCAAUUCUGACUGUCCAGGAGCUAAUCUGACCGUUGUGUUGUGUGGAUGACCACAUAAAAAAGCAAUUUUAGUGUAUUAAUCAUAGAUUAUUAUAAACUAUCAAUUUAAGGGCAAGGAAUUUAUUACAGUGUAUCUUUAUUAAAAACAAAAGGGUGUAUAGUGUUCACAAACUGUGAAAAUAGUGUAAGAACUGUACAUUGUGAGCUCUGGUUAUUUUUCUCUUGUACCAUAAAAAAAUGUAUAAAAAAAUUAUCCAAAAGCUAAUGUGCAGGGAUAUUGCCUUAUUUGUCUGUAAAAAUGGAGCUCAGUAACAUAACUGCUUCUUGGAGCUUUGGAAUAUUUUAUCCUGUAUUCUUGUUUGAAUUCCUCCUCUAUUUAAGAUAUAUACAUGAAAUCAAAGUGUUUAUGUAAUAGUUCUAUCCUUCUGCCUGCAGGUCAGUUGUAAUAAAUCUAGGAUGUGAUGA